AUGAAGCGCCGUCCGCUGCGCAUCGCGGGCGGCUUCGGGAUCUACGCUAUGUGCAUCUUCCUGUCCACCAUCGCUCUGCAGGCGUUGACCACGCCGUCCCCCGCUCCGUCCUCCUCUUUCCUCAGCAACUUGAAUCCCGUAGAUUCGCUCCUCUGGGGUCGUACGUCCGCGAUCUCUACCAUGGACUUGCGGCUGCGCAACUUAUCCGUACACCGCCUGCGCAUGCUCGAGCGGAAGACGCACGACUAG